AUGUCGGUGCUGGGCGAGUACGAGCGACACUGCGACUCCAUCAACUCUGACUUCGGGAGCGAAUCCGGCGGCGGCGGCGGCGGUUCAGUGUCCAGCCCCGGUUCCGGCUCGGCCGCUCGUUCCGGUGGGGGCUUCCCAGUGGAACAAGAGGAGUUGCAUUACAUCCCCAUUCGCGUCCUGGGUCGGGGCGCCUUCGGGGAGGCCACGCUGUACCGCCGCACCGAGGAUGACUCAUUGGUUGUGUGGAAGGAAGUUGAUUUGACUCGACUCUCUGAGAAAGAACGUCGUGAUGCCUUGAAUGAAAUUGUUAUUCUGGCUCUGCUGCAACAUGACAACAUUAUUGCUUACUACAAUCACUUCAUGGACAACAACACUUUGCUGAUUGAGCUAGAGUAUUGUAAUGGAGGAAACCUAUAUGAUAAAAUCCUGCGUCAGAAGGACAAAUUGUUUGAGGAAGAGAUGGUGGUCUGGUACCUAUUUCAGAUUGUAUCAGCAGUGAGCUGCAUCCACAGAGCUGGGAUACUCCAUAGAGAUAUAAAAACUUUAAAUAUUUUCCUAACUAAGGCAAACCUAAUAAAACUUGGAGAUUAUGGGCUGGCAAAGAAACUUAAUUCUGAAUACUCCAUGGCUGAAACUCUUGUAGGAACCCCAUACUACAUGUCUCCAGAACUCUGCCAGGGGGUGAAAUACAACUUCAAGUCUGAUAUCUGGGCAGUAGGUUGUGUUAUUUUUGAACUGCUCACCCUGAAGAGGACCUUUGAUGCAACAAAUCCUCUUAAUCUGUGUGUGAAGAUCGUGCAAGGGAUCCGGGCCAUGGAAGUUGAUUCCAGCCAUUAUUCUUUAGAGUUGAUCCAGAUGGUUCACUCAUGUCUUCAUCAGGAUCCUGAGAAGAGGCCCACUGCUGAUGAGCUUCUGGAUUUUCCACUUCUCAGUAAGCGCAGGAGGGAAAUGGAGGAAAAAGUCACACUGCUUAAUGGGCCAACAAAGAGACCAAGGUCAAGUACUGCGAAUGAGACUCCCAUUGCAGUGGUUACAUCACGGACCAGUGAGGUUUAUGUUUGGGGAGGUGGAAAAUCCACUCCACAGAAGCUAGAUGUCAUCAAGAGUGGAUGUAGUGCCCGGCAGGUGUGUGCAGGCAAUACCCACUUUGCUGUGGUGACAGUGGAGAAGGAGCUAUACACCUGGGUGAACAUGCAAGGGGGCACCAAACUUCAUGGACAGCUGGGUCAUGGAGAUAAAGCUUCCUAUCGACAGCCAAAGCAUGUAGAAAAAUUGCAAGGCAAAGCUAUCCAUCAGGUGUCUUGUGGAGAUGACUUUACUGUAUGCGUUACAGAUGAAGGCCAGCUUUAUGCCUUUGGGUCUGAUUAUUAUGGAUGCAUGGGAGUAGAUAAGGUUGCUGGGCCUGAGGUACUAGAACCCAUGCAGGUGGACUUCUUCCUUAGCAAUCCAGUGGAGCAGGUGUCCUGUGGAGAUAAUCACGUGGUGGUUCUGACACGAAAUAAGGAAGUCUAUUCAUGGGGCUGUGGAGAAUAUGGACGACUAGGUUUGGAUUCAGAAGAAGAUUAUUACACACCACAGAAGGCAGAUGUCCCUAAGGCCUUGAUUAUUGUCUCAGUUCAGUGCAGCUGUGAUGGGACGUUUCUCCUAACAGAGUCAGGCAAAGUGCUGGCCUGUGGACUCAACGAAUUCAACAAAUUGGGCCUGAACCAAUGCAUGUCUGGCAUCAUCAACCACGACGCUUUCCAUGAAGUUCCCUACACAACCUCAUUUACUCUGGCCAAGCAGUUGUCAUUUUACAAGAUCCGAACUAUUGCCCCAGGCAAGACUCACACUGCAGCUAUUGAUGAACGAGGUCGCCUAUUAACCUUUGGUUGCAACAAGUGUGGCCAACUUGGAGUGGGGAAUUACAAGAAGCGCCUAGGAAUCAACCUUUUGGGGGGACCCCUUGGAGGGAAGCAGGUGAUCAGAGUCUCUUGUGGUGAUGAAUUUACCAUUGCUGCUACUGAUGAUAAUCACAUUUUUGCUUGGGGAAAUGGUGGGAAUGGCCGCUUAGCAAUGACUCCUACAGAGAGACCUCAUGGCUCUGAUAUAUGUACUUCAUGGCCACGGCCUAUUUUUGGAUCUCUGCAUCAUAUCCCAGAUCUGUCUUGCCGUGGCUGGCACACCAUUCUCAUUGUUGAGAAAGUAUUGAAUUCUAAGACUAUCCGUUCUAAUAGCAGUGGCUUGUCAAUUGGAACUGUGGCUCAGAACUCCACCCAAGGAGGAGGAGGUGGAAGAGAAGAGGAAGAGAGCCAGCAGGAAUCUGAGACGCCUGAUCCAAGUGGAGGUUUCCGGGGAACAAUGGAGGCAGACCGAGGAAUGGGAGAUUUAAUCAGUCCAACUGAGGCCAUGGGGAUCAGUAGUGUGGGUAGCAGUUCCUGCCCCGGCUGGCUGCGCAAGGAGUUAGAAAAUGCAGAAUUCAUCCCCAUGCCUGACAGCCCUUCACCCCUGAGUACAGCUUUUUCAGAACCUGAGAAAGAUACCCUUCCCUAUGAGGAGCUACAAGGACUCAAAGUGGCCUCUGAAGCUCCUGCAGAAUGCAACAAGUCUACAAGAGAAGCCUGGCUCCCCCGGCUUAAUCCAGUACUAGGAUGUGCUGGUAAGGGAGCACCAGUGGCUGCUGUCUGUGUUUGUAGCAGCCUGCGGGUGGAGGUGGAAAGACUGGAAGGUCUCGUGUUAAAAUGUUUGGCUGAGCAGCGGACACUGCAGCAAGAAAAUCUCAAAAUUUGGACCCAGCUCCAAAGGCUCAACAAGGAGACCGAAGGAGUACAAAAGUUGGAGACUCAUUCCAAAGGAACUCAGACGGCAAAGGAAGAAAUGGAAACAGAUCCAAAACCUGACUUGGAUUCAGAGUCCUGGUGCCUUUUGGGAACAGAUUCCUGUCGGUCCAGCCUUUAAUGUCCUGAUCCUAUACUUCCCCAGUAAGAUGGGAUCCCUGCAACUUCACAGAAUAAUUACUGAAUGCAAAGAGCAGCUUUUCCUGGCUUCAUUUCAGUUGCAGACAAGGAGCAAAGCAGGAGGCUCAGAAGUGUCUCCAGAGUACAGAUGGAGGGAAGCAUCUCCUUUUAGUUAGGAACUAGGAGUGUAUCAUUUGUUUUGUUUUAUUUUUUGAGGGGGAAGGGCCCUGUGUCCUGGUUUUGUCUUCUGUGACUACUGCAGCAACAGCAGCUCUAUACCUCAUCUGUUGAUUCCAUCUUUGAAGAAGAGAAACAGCCCUGCCUUGCUAUUUGCACUGGUAGCAGCUUGUACCCAUUUAUAAUUUUCACCACUUGUUGGG